AUGGAUAUUCCGGGAUUUUACUACGACAAACAAAAGAAGAAAUAUUUCCGUAUCGGUGGUGCGGCGGCCAGUAGUGGCCCGAGUUGUGUGACCAGCCAUGAGGUUAAUAAAAGGAAGAAAAUUGACGAGACUUUGUCAACAUUCAAGAAGUGCGACCAAAGCGUUCAUUUGCCGCAAACGCUAUACAAACAGGAAAUCAAUUUUCACACAAAAUAUAAUCUUCAGGAAGAAGUGCUUCGUUCGCAUCUAAAAUCAAUUCAAACGAUUGCCACAACACAACUGGAAGUAAUUGAUUUUCGCGGUGAAAACAUGAAGAAUAUAACUGUCGACGCGUUAAUUGGUUCGCCAACUGAUGACCAAUUGUUUACCGUUUUGACCGGCGAUUCUGGUUCUGUUGUCUAUCAGAUACCCGUUGAAGACAUAUUCAAUGACUGUAAAGUCGAUGUUUGGCGACAAAUAAUCGGUGCGUUUCCCGUCCGUAACCGAGUGAUCGACAUUGACUACAAUAAGGGCGUUAUGUCUACUCUGGUUCAUCACCAUAUAAACAGUCAAAUGGCCCGAACUAGCUAUACAUUGACGACCAUUAAUGGUCUGGACGUACAUCCCGUUCGAAGUAGUUUCGAGUUUGAAGGCUAUCUGUUUAGUGCCACACAUACUGACGAUUCUAUCAUUUUGGGCGACGAAAAGUUAAUCAAAUUUUAUAACAGAGAAAACUUAGUAAUUUUGACACCAAUUAAGACUAAAAAUAAUGUUUUAGUAAUGAAAACAAGUGACGACGGAAAGUGUUUGCUUAGCGGAUCAAAUAAGGGACAGUUGUGUUAUUAUGAUAUACGAGAUGACUAUAAGAAAAAAACUAAACCAUUGAUGCAAACCAUUUCUAAUUCAAAAAGUAUUGUUUUUACAUCGAUAUUAUCGGACAAAAACACUGUAAUUGUCAGCAGUCAUGACCACAGUCUAUGUCGAUGUGAUCUAAGAAUGUUUAACAAACCAAUUGUCAAAUACAGUAAUCAUCGAAACGAUUGCUCAAAGAUUGAGUUCAGUGUCGAUGAAAGUGCGGGUGUUUUGUGUUCAUCGGGUGACGAUUGUUUAGUCAGAUUCUGGUCAUUGCAAACGGGAAAACUGUUGCAUAUAAUUAAUCCGUUUACCGAUAAUGAAGACCAAAGUAUUAAAAAUCAAUUGCCAUCGACUCGUGUUUGUUAUAGUCAUUCGUGGAAAUGUCUUAACAAACAAUUCAAAGCACUUAUAUAUGAUUUCUGA